CCUCCAUCAACCAACAAACACCUUUCCAUCGCCAAAUCAUCAACACCAUCUCGCAAUCAUGAAGGGAAAUGCACUGCUCGCUUCGGCGCUGGUCGCUGGCACCGCCUCCGCUGGCGUGCACAAGAUGAAGCUCCAGAAGGUCCCAUUGUCCGAGCAACUCGAGGGUUACAGCAUCGAGGAGCAGGUCCAGCACCUCGGCCAGAAGUACAUGGGAAUCCGUCCCCAGGGUCGCAUCAACGAGAUGUUCAAAGAGCAGUCCUACAAGCCCAACAAGGGCCACCCCGUCGGCGUCAGCAACUUCCUCAACGCCCAGUACUUCAGCGAGAUCGCCAUCGGUACACCUCCGCAAGAGUUCAAGGUUGUUCUCGAUACCGGCUCGUCCAACUUGUGGGUGCCCAGCAAGGACUGCGGCUCGAUCGCCUGCUACCUCCACUCCAAGUACAACCACGGCGAUUCCAACACCUACAAGCAGAAUGGCUCGGACUUUGCCAUCCAAUACGGCUCUGGUAGCUUGGAGGGAUACAUUUCCCAGGACACCGUGCAGAUUGGUGACUUGAAGAUCAAGAACCAGCUGUUUGCAGAGGCUACCUCGGAGCCCGGUCUUGCAUUCGCCUUCGGCCGCUUCGACGGUAUCAUGGGUCUCGGUUACGACACCAUCUCGGUCAACGGCAUCCCGCCUCCAUUUUACAACAUGAUUGACCAGGGUCUGCUCGACGAGAAGGUAUUCGCUUUCUACCUCAGCAGCACCGACAAGGGCGACGAGUCCGAGGCCAUCUUCGGUGGCGUGAACAAGGACCACUACACCGGCAAGAUGACCAACAUUCCUCUCCGCCGUAAGGCCUACUGGGAGGUUGACUUCGAUGCCAUCACUCUUGGUGACCAGACCGCCGAGCUCGACUCCACCGGUGCCAUUCUCGACACCGGCACCUCUCUCAUUGCUCUUCCAUCCACGAUGGCUGAGCUACUCAACAAGGAGAUUGGGGCCAAGAAGGGUUACAACGGCCAGUACUCAGUUGAGUGCAGCGCCCGUGACUCUCUUCCAGACCUUACCUUCACUCUCACCGGCCACAAUUUCACCAUCAGCGCAUACGACUACAUUCUUGAGGUCCAGGGCAGCUGCAUCAGCGCCUUCAUGGGCUUCGACAUCCCGGCCCCAGCCGGUCCUCUUGCUAUCCUCGGAGAUGCUUUCUUGAGGAGGUACUACUCCGUCUACGACCUGGGCAACAACGCUGUUGGCCUCGCCAAGGCGAAGUAAGCGAGCAAGGAAUUGAAAGAGGCAGAUGGUGAAAGUGUGAUUGAAUAAGGAGAGAAGUGAGGCAGAAGUGAUGGUGUGCCAUGAGGCGGACGGGCAGAGAGCAUUCCAGUGAAUAGGAUGGAAGCUGAUUGUGUACCUACUUAGAUAUGAAAGCAAAUCUUUGGAAGA